GACUUGGGAAAGAGGUAGAGAAGGGGCUACAGCUACACAAGUUCAAAACCACGUCAUUAUUCCAAUUCCAAUUCCUAACCACAGAGAACCGUCACUUACGUGUCCGUCUCUCACUUGUCGUUGGAUUGAGAGGUACGAAGCAUACCCCCUUUUCUCUCUCUCUCUCUCUCUCUAGCCCGCUUUCAAACGCCCCAAUCGAAAUGAAUAUUUCCCACCAUGUCGUUCUUCUUUUUCGUCGUUCUCUUUCACUAUUAAAACUCUAAAGCCUUUCCGCCGCAAUCUCUGUCUCCGAGUUUGGCCGAAACCCUUGCGGAUUGCCGGCAUGUCUCCCCCGCCGCCGGUGUCUUUCGGAAACUGUGCGAGUUUCCCCAGAGAGAAUGGUAGCGCCGGCGUUGACCACCGCGAGUCCGGCGACGCGACGUCUGCGCAUUGCAACGGCGGAUCCGAUCUUUCUGCUUCUUCCUCCUCCGGCGGCGUUUCGGUCAUGUACUGUGAUUUUCCGUUCAACGACUCGGAGAAGCUGCGACGUGUCGUGACUGCUUCCGCGAAGGGAUUCUCGAUCGGAGCCGGUCUCAAAGGCGGUCUCGCUCUGUUCUCGAUUCUCGCUCGGUUGAGGCGGAGAAAGGCAUUGGCCUAUCUAAGGAAGGAAGGUGCGAUCACGAAUAGCGAAGCAAUCGUAAUGGCUGUGAAGGAGACGCUGCGAUAUGGUUUGUUUCUCAGCACUUUUGCCGGCACAUUCGUCUCGGUAGAUGAGAUUAUAGCUUCUUUGGGAGGUCACCGUAGGACAGCGAAAUGGAGGGCUGUGUUAGCCGGGGCUAUUGCGGGACCGUCGAUGCUUCUUACUGGGCUAGAAACGCAGCAUACGAGUCUGGCUAUAUACAUUCUUAUGCGAGCUGCCGUGCUAGCCUCGCGCUGCGGGAUCAAAAGCAAACGAUUCGGCCGAAUUUGCAAGCCACUCACCUGGGCGCACGGUGAUAUCUUCCUCAUGUGUCUUUCUUCUUCCCAAAUUCUGUCUGCUUACAUAUUGAAGCAGGAUAGUUUGCCUCCUUCGUAUAAGUCGUUUCUCAAUAAACAUGGUGGAAAGGAUAUUGUUAUUCUGAAAGCUGUGAAAGAGAUUGCAUCCGGAAUGCCCUUUACUAACCUGCAAGCAGUAGAGAAAUAUUACAAUUCGGUCGGUGUCGACAUUAAACUAGAUCCAAAUAUGAAAGUUCCCUGCUCGAUUGUACAUGGUAACCAAUCGUGCAGUGGGCAUAUUUUUUCUUUUCUUGUUCAAGCCUAUAAGAGAGCGCUACCAGUUUAUCUACCAGUAUAUCUGAUUCCCGCUCUCAUUGUUCACCGCCAAGGCCUCUUGAAAAGGCCUUACACAAUACUAGGUAAAGGUCUUUUUGGUACUGCAAGAUCAAGCUUGUUUCUAUCUGUAUAUUGCUCGUCAGCCUGGGCGUGGACGUGCUUUCUCUUUAGGAUUUUCAAGAAAUGCAACAUUCCAAUGGUGGCAAUGGGGACGUUCCCAACUGGCCUGGCCUUGGCCAUUGAAAAGAAGACCAGACGGAUGGAGAUAUCACUCUACUGCCUUGCUCGAGCCAUCGAGAGCUUCUUCACGUGCUUGGCAGAUGCUGGGUACUUGCUGCAGUCAAAGAACUUGAAAAGAGCUGAUGUUGUGGUUUUCAGCUUGUCAACAGCCAUCAUAAUGCACUGCUAUGCCCAGGAGAGGGAAGUCUUUCGAUCGAAAUAUUUGAAUGUUCUCGACUGGGUGUUUGGCGUCCCGCCUCCAUCGUGCGAAACCCCCCGUUGCAAAGAUAAAUAGGAUCAAGUAGGUGCGGCUUUUGGGUUCAACACAAAUUUUGUUGAAUUCUCUUUGAUACUUCUCCGGAGCUGAUGGGAGAGUCUUGAUGUGCCUUUCAUUCUCAUUAUAAUUACAUCUAAUAUCAGUUAGUAUAGAAGUGGGUGGCUCUUUGUACUAGUUUGUUUAGCCAUUCAUUGCUGAAAAAGAAACUACAGCUUAGAAAUUCUUUGAAAUUUAUUAACAAUGUUGAUUUCAUACAGAGUAGUACUAGUGAUUUUUUAAUUUGCAUAUGAUGUAGAAUUA